AUGGAAGAUGAGAACACGACCAACGGUUCUUCCCCUCAGAUCUUCGCUUCACUGGAACCAAUCAUUGAAGAAUCACUACUGGAAGAUACCUGGAAAAACUCGAUGCCAAAUUAUAUGGCGGUGGCUCCGUCGACGCCAAUAUCAAUUCUACCGACAACAACCGAAGACUGGGAUGCUUUUUUUGAUGCGCCACCGCCGCCUUCUCCAAAACGACUACGAACAAGCAUUGACAUUCUUGCUUCAAUGGAUGGUUCUUUUGAAGGCGAAAUAGCUUUUUCCGGCGACAACUUAAAACAAAAUAUAAUCCACAUUUACCCCGGCCAGGACAUUGUGGAAAAAAUCAUGUCAUUCUGUAAAGAGGGUCAUCGGGUAGCUACAGUUUUGAGAGCCGAUGCCGAAGCGACAGUUUCAAGUGCCACCCUUCGUGGACCUGCAAGCGAAGUCGCGUUGGAGGGUCGGUUCGAAAUACUGUCAAUAACAGGGAGGUUUGUAGCUAGUGAAUGCGAAAGCGCAGGCAACGGUGGAGCAGGAGGCCGCCUUCACUUAACAGUGUCGAUGGUUUUGCAGGACGCGAGGGUCAUCGGAGGCACUGUCGUUGGUCCAUUAAUAGCGGCUACACGCAUGCAUGUUGUGAUUGGAACAUUGGACCCAGUUCCAUAUAAACCAAAGACUGAGAUCAAUUUAAACAUGACACCACCGUCGUCACCAUCUUCUACCUAG